CGCCGUUCAGAUGCCGCCUAGAACAGGUGUAGUAGGGACGUUGGACAUCGGUGUCUCCAGCGAUAGGCGACUUUGAGCGAGCGUCGAAUGACGUGACGAGCCAUAGGAGGCGUCCUUGGCAAGACUGGAGAACACCCGCGACUGAAACACAGAGCAUCAUCUUGACGUUUCAGCUUGAACUCCCCCACCUUGUUAAAACGCCGAGUUGAAGCGCCGCCCCGGCUUUGAAUCCAUUGGCACCCUGCUUGCAUCGAGCACCUGACCACCCCUCCUCCUCUUCGUGGAGAGUGGUUAACGCAAACCGCAGCGACAGCAACUGCAAUGGCCAGCAGCAGUGGCAGCGAUCAGGGACCGGCCUACGGCCGAGCCCGGGGCCGCUCGCGAGGCCGCUUGCGCCCCUCCGAGACACCCAGUCCGGCGUCGAGCGUGUUUGGAGAGCAGUCUCCCAUGUCAGCCAGCCCGGCACCGAGCGUGUUUGGACAGCAGUCUCCCAUGCCAGCCAGCCCAGCAUCGAGCAUGUUCGGACAGCCGCGACCCGCCAUGCCAGCCAGCCUGUCAUCGAGCAUGUUUGGACAGCCGCAAACCCCCGCGCCACCCCAGGUGGCCAUGUACGGGGCCAUGGCGCCUCCGCCUCCUCCAACGCUGAUGGCUCGUCGAGAGCAGCCGCCUUCUCCGGCGCUGUCGUCUAGCACCCUGUCGGACAUCAGCAGCUUGACGUCCUCGUUCGGCAAAAUUUCCGUCAGUGGCGCUGCCGCAGCAGUCAAGCGGGAGCCAUUUGAGAAUGUCAUCACCGAGAGCGCGGCGGCCUUGAGUGCGGCUGCUGUCGUUGGUCGUGGUGCCUAUCGGGGCCGCCGGGACGAUCUGGCAAUGCUGGCAACGCGUCCCACGCACAUGACGGACAAGACGGGCCUGUCGGGAAAUCCAAUCAAGCUGGUGGCCAACUACUUUCGGCUGCUGUCGCUGCCCCAGUGGUGCGUUCACCAGUACCACGUGGACUUCCUGCCACUGGUCGAGUCGAGCCGCAUCCGACGGGCGCUCAUCAAUGACCAUCGCGAGCAGUUUGGCCAGUGCUUUGUGUUCGACGGCAUGUCGGACCUGAAGACGCCUACACGCCUGCAGCGGGAGAUUACCGAGCUCUACUCUCAGCGGCGCACGGACGGUGCCCCCAUCACGAUCCGCAUCAAGUGGGUGCAGGAGCUGGCCCCGACCAACCCAGACCUGCUGCGGCUCUUCAACACGCAGAUGCGCCGCAACCUCGAGCACCUCGACUUUGUGCAGAUCAACAGGCACUUUUUCGACAAGCGCGCCGUGUCAACGAUUCCGCAGCACGGCCUUGAGCUGUGGCAGGGCCUCGUCACUGCCAUAGGGCAGUACGAGACUGGUGUCAUGAUGGUGACGGACACGGUGCACAAGGUGCUACGGCGGGACAGUGUCCUAGACCUGCUGUCGCAGAUUUCGGCAUCUGGUCCCAACUACCGAGAUGAAGCCAUGAAGCGCGUGGCCGGCUGCAUCGUGAUGACGCCGUACAAUAACAAGACAUAUCGCGUUGACGAUAUCGACUGGGAUAAGUCACCGUCGAGCAUCUUUGAGACCAAGGAGGGGCCCAAGAGCUACGUCCAGUAUUACGAGGACCAAUAUGAGAAGCGGAUCCGUGACCCGCGGCAGCCGCUCCUAGUGUGCCGCCCCAAAGAAAAGGACCUGCGGGCCGGCCGCACCGAUAACAUAUAUCUGGUGCCUGAGCUAUGCGUCCUGACUGGACUGACUGAUGAGAUGCGUGCCAACGUGUCCGUGAUGCGCGACCUGGCUCAGCACACUCGAAUCGAUCCGCCAAAGCGCGUGCGCAACCUACUCGAGUUCAUCGGGCGCAUCAAUGGCAACGAGACCAUCCGCAACGAGAUGGAGUCGUGGGGACUACGGUUCGACAACGCCCUGGUGAGCAUCGACGCGCGCACCCUGCCCCCCGAGAAGGUGAUGCAGAGUGGCCAGGUGUACCGCUACAGCCCCGCCACAGCCGACUUCUCGCGCGAGAUGCGCGACAAGCGGCUGCACGUGGCCGUCGCCAUCGACUCGUGGCUGGUGGUGUGCCCCAAACGCGAGGAGGGCAACGUGACCGAGUUUGUGCGCAACCUGAUGAGUGUGUGCCCACCCAUGGGCGUGCGAAUGGGCCAGCCCCAGAUGUUGCAGCUGGACGACGACCGGGCGGGCAACUAUGUGCGCGCCCUGCACGAGCUUGGCGGAGGGGGAAACCUGCAGCUGGCUCUCAUUGUGGUGCCCAACAACCGCAAGGACCGUUACGACAUGAUCAAGAAGCAGGCCUGCGUGGACCUUGGCCUCCACACCCAGGUAAUCCUUGCCCGCACCAUCGGCAACCGCAAGAAUGUGCGAUCGGUGGCCACCAAGGUGGCCAUACAGCUGAACUGCAAGCUUGGUGGGGAGGCCUGGUGCUUGGAGAUCCCGCUGUCCAACACUAUGGUCAUUGGCUAUGACACAUACCACGAUGCCAGCUCGCGCAACCGGUCGGCGGGCGCUUUUGUUGCAAGCAUGAAUCGCACAUUUACACGCUGGUACUCGCGUGUGUCAUUCCACGCGUCCCACCAAGAGCUUGGCAGCACGCUGGCCUUGCAUCUGCAGGAUGCGCUGCGCAAGUAUGCCCAGGUGAAUGAUGGUGCCUUUCCUGAGCGGAUCAUUUUCUUCCGUGACGGUGUCUCGGACGGCCAGAUACCACAGGUGCGCGAGUGGGAGAUUGACCAAAUCGUGAGCUCCCUGGACGUGCUCUUCCCGGGCGUCGAGCACAAGCUGGCCUUUGUCGUCGUCACCAAGCGCAUCUCGACGCGCUUUUUUGCCCACAACACUUCCGGCGGCUUCGGCAACCCGCCGCCGGGAACCGUCGUCGACUCGGAGGUGACGCGGCCCGAGCGCUACGACUUCUUCCUGAUCUCUCAGAGCGUGCGCCAGGGCACCGUCGCGCCCACGCACUACAACAUCAUCUACGACACCACGGGCCUCAAGCCGGACCACAUGCAGCGCCUGUCGUACAAGCUGACCCACUUGUACUUCAACUGGCCGGGCACCAUCCGGGUGCCAGCUCCGUGCCAGUAUGCUCAUAAGCUGGCAUUCCUCGCUGGCCAGUCGCUACAUGGAGAGCACAGCCCGAGGCUUGCCUCGACCCUCUUCUAUCUGUGAUUGGUUUUUAGUGUUGUAUUUGAUCGUAUUUUUUGCCUUAGUCGAAUUUCAAUGAAAAGCAUUUCUCUACUCGGACUCUGUCCUUUCCUCUUCUCCUUGCCUGAGCACGCUCUGUAAUGCACGCUGAAAAUUCACCCACGCCGUCCUUUCUUUUUUUUUUUUCUCCACUAACCUACCCUCCUAACUCUGAAAUUGGUCCCGUAUUGAAACGCACGCCACUUCUAUUUUGGAUAUUCUAUGCAACAUUAUUUUUCUGGUAUCUGCGUGCAAAUUUAUGCGUAUUGAACUAAAAAGGUAAGGUCUGUCUGCGAUUUCAGAUUUGCAUGCUGAAAUUUCGGCCAUGCUAUAUUUCCACUCGCCUGCCUUUUUAAAUGAUAGUGCUAUGGUGAAGGGCAUUUCACUUCGGUGUUGUGUUGCUGUUCUACACUUUAUUUUUUUUUUCUUGCAGGCUCCAUUUAGUAUCUGAUCACAAAUUCUUGGGCACCAUACUAUUUCCUUUUCAUUCUUCAUCUCAUGUGUGUGCUUUCCGCCUUUUGUUGUCUUAUUUUGCAUGCAAUCAUCAAGGGGUCGUCUUUUUUUUGCUUGCUGAAGUCACUUAGCAAAGCUUUUUUUUUUUUCUGCCAUUGUUGAGAUCGUGCGAAUCGUUUAUUUAAUUUUACCAAUUUUACCACGUUGUAACGCUGAACGAACCAAGUCAGUUAAUAAUUAUUGAUGCGUAGAACUUGCCCCGUUUCACCAAUGAAAUCAUUAUGGUAAUUGUGUUGUUACAUUGCUGAUUACGAGCUUAUUUUCAAUAUAGCAUGUCUAAUGAAUUAAUUACCUUCUCAUUCGUGAAGUACAUGUAUAAUUUGUUAGAAAUAUUGGGCAAAGAAAGGGUUUUUGUUUAUCCUACAAUGGAUUGAGAACUUGCUAUCAAUGAACUACUUACUGUAUAUUGUCCAACCCAUGUCAUUUGGCAUGUGGUAGCUGAGGCCCAUAUCGUUAUAAUCCAAGGCCCUUUCUGUGUGCAUUUUCAUGCUUGUUUGUUCCAUGUAUUCACUUCUUUUCGUUAAUACCUGAGCUCGGUAAUUUGUCUGUCUCCUGCCCACCCCCCACCCCUUUCCCCCCCCCUGCAGCAUGUCUAAGAUUUAAGCAUGUAAUC